AUGUCAAGCAACUAUUGGUCUUCACCAACCAAUAAUCAUGACAUUCUUGUUCAGUUCUUCCCAACUGUUAACCACUUUUCUUCUUCUCCUUCCCGCGAAGCCUUGAGCUUGAAACUUCUGGUCAACCCUCUCGUUUCGUUACAUUCGCUGAUUCGCUCUUCGUCUUCCGUACUUUCCAGCUCUGUUUACGCAAGCUUGUUUAUACAUACUGGAGGCAAAAUGGUGGAAUAUGGAAGUUCUGAUUUCUCUUCGGCGGUUCAACGUGGGAAUAGACUGAUCACCCAGGCCUGCUCAUUCUACUCCAGACAAGAUUACCGGGCUGCCGUCACGUAUUGUUCCCAGGCAAUAAUUACGUGCCCCCACAAUCCGUUUUGUUGGCUGAAUCGUGCUGCGUGUAACUUCAUGCUCGGUGAAUGGGAUAGAGUAGAGAUAGAUUGCCGCACAGCUAUUCAACUCGACAACAAGAUUGCCCAGGCCCAUUAUUCAUUGGGGCUUGCAUGGGUGAAUAAACGAAAAUAUACCGAGGGGAUCAGAGAAUUGGAGAGGGCUUUUGAUCUUGAGAGGGAGGCUGAUCCUAAUUAUGGCCUCAUGGUUGAGCGCACGUGGCAGGCGCUUGUUUACGCAAAAUACACUGAGUGGCAAGAUGCGUCUGACAGGAGAUCACAGGAACUGCAUAAUUUGAAAGAAGCUUGUGAGUCUGCCCUUAAUGAAAAACAUCAAUCUCAAAGGAAUGGGCUUACAGCUGAAGCUGAAGCUGCCCACUCACAACAACUUGCUGCUUUAGAAACCGUUUUCCGUGAAGUUGCAGAGCCUGACACGCCUUCUGAUAUCCCAACUUACUUAUGCUGUCCAAUCAACCGUCAUAUUUUUCGAGAUCCUGUGAUUACUCCAAGUGGGCAUACAUACGAGAGAAAAGCGAUUCUUCAACACCUUCAGACGAGUAUUUUGGAUCCGAUCACGGCGCGACCACUUCGGGCAACAGAGCUUGUACCAAACUUGGCAAUCAAGGAACAAGUUCAGGCAUUCUUGGACAAAAAUGGAUGGGCAUAUUCAAGCUAUUUUGCUAACUGGUAAUUGUAGGUUAAUUGGUUGCUGAUGGAUAGUGCUUUUACCGAGUCUUUGAAGUUUAUAGAAAAGAUAGAGUGAAUGCAAAAAGAGAGAGAAUAGAUUUUCUAUAUAUGUUUUCAUUCUUUUUGUGUUGAUGUCUCUUGAAUGAUAAAGUGCAUUAUUGCAGGAGAUCGAUCUCAACAAAUAAUGUGUCUAGUAAUUCCAAAGAUUAAAAAUUUU